AUGAGUGCCAGGAUACCAAAGGAUGUGACACUUUCUCUUCCACCUUGUGUUUUAAACAGGACAUCUUUCUUCUACAAUGGCACCUGCAUUAAAGAAAUUGAACAACUAUUUCAGUCUUUCUCGUCUACUCUUGUUCUUGUCAUUUUGGUCACGGUAAUUUUCUGUUUGAUAGUCCUUUCUCUUACUACCUUUCAUUUUCAUAAGAACAAAAUGAGAAAAAGAAAAAUGGAAAAGGCACAGGAGGAAUACGAACGAGAUCAUUCAAACCCAAAAGAAGCAUCUCCUAUCUCAAAUGAGAGAGAGACAGUGGUGGCAAGAUUUACCAACGAAGACACUGGUUUAGUUACUUCCCUUGGCUCCCACCAAAAUGCACAGACUGAUCGAAUAACUAACUCCAGGAAUAACUCAUGCACAACUGGAUCUCAUACAAAUGUGUCAGGUUUAGACGAAACAAACGAUGACUUUUUCCAGAGGGUGGUGGUUUCCUGA